AUGAUGGACCCUGUCCGACCAAGCAUGGCCCCAGUUCGCAAACAUCUCGACCCCAAAUUUUCCAGCCCGUCGUCUUUCUGUACGCUCGAGGCAGCGGAGGACUGCAUAGCAGAGUUGAAAAUAAUUGCGACGAAAAACAAUAUCAAGGAAGUCAUCGAGGGACUCUUGGUUUGUGGCGUUCAAGCUAUCGCAUUAUUUCUAUCGUCUGUAGAGACCCACCACAGUACUUGGCUCUUGGACCUCUUUCCCGCCAAACCCCACCUUUAUUGCUCGUCAAUAUUCCCAGUUCUUCUGUCCCAGAUUGGGGACUUACUAUGUUUCAACGACUUUGACAAUGCCGACAGAAAGGAUAUGGUUGAGACACGCCGCAUGAUUAAGAAUGCGCCCGAACAAUUUGCGACACUCUUGUCUCUCGAAGUUCCGGACGCCAAAGGGGACGGCGAUCUUCAAACCCUAGAACCAGAGUUUGGCAUCAAGCUCACUCAAAGGCAAAGAAAACAAGCCAAGAAGAAAGUCAAGGGGACGGUCGUCGUGGACACAAAAGUCUUCGAGGAUUGGGGUUUGCCAGUGCCCAAGUCCAAGAUGGAUGCUGAGGACUCCGCAAACAUAAUUCUCGAAGAACUGAAGGAAAUUUGGGCGGAUUAUCUACAUAUUUGUGCGAUGCCCACCUUUCAACUGGCGUUGAGGCCAAUUAUCUUUCCCGCCAAACCCCCCUCUCCUGCACGCAAUACCUCACCUCCUACUAUCAAUGAAGGGCAGAUAAAUGUUCAAGCUGGUGAACUUCCCGUAGCGAUUUCAGAGGUGCAGCCGUUGAAGUCCGCGUUGCAAUUUGAGAACGUGGAAGGCUUCGGCAAUUGGCGGGUCCUCAUAUCAGGGCGCGCAGACGGCGACUUAAGAGAAGCCAGGAAGAAGGAUCGAGAGUCGUUCCGCAUCAUCAUGAAGAAGAUUAGGGAGCUCUCGCGCGGACACUUCUCGGAGGACAACCAGAAACGCUUGACAGGCGCCGGCCCUGAAGUGCCUAUAUUUGAAGCGAAGAUGACACGCGAUUCGAGAUUGGUGUACCAAAUCGACUGUAUCAGUGAUAUUGAUCACGACGCCGAAAUACAAGUCAUCCGUGUGUUUGGUAUAUACACCCACGCACAAAUAGCCCACUCCCGAUUUUGGGACUCCCUCGCGCGUCACAUCGGCAAGAAAGGCAAGGAGUAUCGAGACCGAUGCGUGUACCGAUUGCCUCAAGCUUCUAAACGGGACAGAGUGUACGACCCGGCAUCAUUUCCUCCUCGUGAGGAGACGGAUGUCAUUACUUACGAUCCUUUGGACUUGCCAAAGGAAGAUCUUGACGAGCUGCAUUCCUUAAUGAUUUUAGGGAAAUUCAUCACAUUCUCUCGUCCCGUGUGGAACAGUAUUAUCGCGGAUCUCGAUACGACGUUCCCUUUUGAUCUGUCACCUCGCGAGAUGAAAAUUAUUGAGUGCCCAGCAUCCUGCUACGUACUUGGCCGAAGCGGUACUGGGAAGACGACGACGAUGUUGUUCAAAAUGGUAUGCGUGGAGGCAAGCUACGAUGUUAUGAAGGCGACAACUCGGAAACCUCGCCAACUUUUUGUUACUCACUCACGUGUUCUAGCCACCAAAGUUGCAGAAUAUUUCUCCAAGCUCACAUCAUCGCUGAAUCUCGCCUCUCGGUCGCUUCAAGAGUUGAAGCUGCACAAGGAUGCUGUUCACCAAGAUAUUGGCAUGAUCGAUACGGAGGAAGAAGCUGCGGAGGUGGACUUGCCCCCUUUGUUCAGCCAACUCAAGGAACAACAUUUCCCGUUGUUCAUUACGUAUACCCAGUUGUGUGCUAUGUUGGGGGCCGACUAUACUGACAAAGGGUUCUUCACGAAACGCUCUGGCACUCUCGUAACAUAUGAUCGCUUCCUCAAGGAAUACUGGGCACAUUUCCCACAAACAUUGACCAAGCGGCUAGAUCCGGCGUUAGUUUACAGUGAAAUCAUGGGGAUAAUCAAGGGCUCUGAGAAGACAUUGACAUCCCCAGAGUGGUUCCUUGAUCAUUCCGCUUACAUGGGUCUAGGUCAUCGCGCGUUCUCAACAUUUGCAGAUAACCGAGCCACGGUCUAUGAAAUUUUUCUUGCGUACACUAAACAGAAACGCGCGAAUGGCGAUUAUGAUGCCGCAGACAGGUCUCAUGACAUCCUGCAGGCUAUUCGGAACCACGACGUACCCGGGAGCACGAUUGACUAUCUAUAUGUCGAUGAAGUUCAAGACAAUCUCCUUAUUGAUGCCCUAGUGCUCCGCUCAAUCUGUUCAAAUCCAAAUGGUCUGUUCUGGGCAGGGGACACUGCGCAGACAAUCUCGGUUGGAAGUUCGUUCAAAUUCAACGAGUUGAAAGCACUCUUAUAUCGAAUAGAGAAAAAGCGCGUCAAGGACAGCCGUUUGGAACCCGACAAGCCCGCAUCAUUUCAACUAGCUGUCAACUACCGUUCUCACGGCGGCAUCGUCAACUGUGCUCAUUCUGUGGUCCAACUCAUCAUGCGUUUCUGGCCCGACGCAAUCGAUGCUUUGCAACCUGAACAUGGUGUUAUUGAUGGUCCAAAGCCCGUAUUUUUCAACGGAUGGGAUAGAGAUACGAUGCGUUACGAACAAUUCCUUUUUGGCGCAUCGGGUCAAUCCAUCGAAUUCGGCGCGGAGCAAUGUAUCCUCGUUCGCGACGAAAAUUCCAAACUACGACUAAGGGAGCAAGUCGGCGACAUUGGUAUCAUAAUGACGGUCUACGAAAGCAAAGGUCUGGAAUUCAAUGACGUGCUUCUGUAUGAUUUCUUUGAGGAUUCCACUGUGGAGCUAUCGCGCUGGCGGGUUGUCCUGAAUGCCUUGGAAGGUCAAUCUGCCCCGGACGUUGAAGCUAGGCAUGUCAGUGUCUGUGCAGAGCUGAAAAGCCUAUACGUGUCAGUUACUCGCGCACGGAAGAAUGUCUGGAUCGCGGAUUGUUCUGAUAAGGGUGAGCCAAUGAGGGUUUAUUGGACGAGUAACAACUUGAUCCAGAAUUGCACUCCAGAGGAUGUCCCCCAUCUAGCAGUUAAGUCCACAAAGACUGAAUGGGCCAACCAAGGCAGAUCCCUCUUCGAUAAUCGCAGAUAUUACCAGGCAAAACACUGCUACACUCGUGCCGAAAUGCCUCGCGAAGCAGCAGUCGCAGAUGCAUAUUUUCUGCGGGACCAGGCUCGGAAGGUUAGAUCCCGUUCGACAAUUAAAUCUGAGAUACUGGCCUUUGAAUCCGCCUACCGUCUUGCAGCUGAGCGGUUCCAGGGGUGCGCCCUCGAUCCGCCAAACCCGAGGAACCGUAGGCAGUACUUCGUCAACGCUGCGGACUGUUUUGAAAUAGGUGGCGACUACUUCCGCGCCGCUGAAUGCUACGAACACGUAGAAGAGUUCACGAAGUCUUGUAGGUUAUAUCGCAAAGCAGGCAAAUUUGUCCAGGCCGUCGAUAUCAUCAAUUCUCACAAGGGACAGAUGGACACGGACGUUGCUGAAAGUAUCAUGGACGUUGCUCGUUUGUUCUAUUUCACCAAACAUGACCUGAACUGUGUGCUGGGUCACCGUUCCUGCAGACAAGGCGAUUCUGACGAACAUUGCGAACAUUUCGGGAAAGCCAGAGAUCUGUUUUCAUCUGCGGAGGAGGGCUUGGAGUACCUAGAAGAUCGAGACUUGGAUGUGGCCAGAGCGACCCUAAUGGCUUCAAUUCCCGGUAAAUUAUCCGAGGCCGCUGAAAUCCAUCUAGCGGAAGGGCGGAGUCUGGACGCUAUCCGGCUCUUCCUUCAAGAUGAACGAAGCGAUACCGCCAUGCGCCGGGCUUCCAAGUCACUCCUGGAAGGCCUGUGGCGACAAAUGUCGUUCGGAGUGUCGGCGAGUGAACCCAAUGAGGAGCGGGACACACUCUUAGGUUUCGCUGCUAGCAUCGACGCCUCGGCUCUUGUCCUCGGUGAGAAACUCGAGAUUUCUAUGUUCCAAACAAUUUCCCGCUGGGCUACGACAAGAUCCAUCACAGCUUCAAAGGAAUUACUGGAUUUGAGCUUGAAGCUCUCAGUCGACAAACGUCCAGCGGCAACACUUCUAUGCCUCGACCAUUACUUUGCACAGGGCUCGUUUACCUUCGACGGUCUGAACGCUGCAGGAGUCGCUGAGAUUCUCUCUCAUUUCAUCCGAUAUUCAGAAGCACUCUGCGAUGUAGCGCUCAAUCGUGACCCAUGCAGGUCGAAUUCCGUUCGGACACUAUUUGGCAUCAAAUUAUCCAACGAGAAUGUACUCCACAUCCCCCGGGACACCUAUCUCGGGUCACUCGUCCUUGACAAACGCAUCAGGGUUCUCCAGCCCACCGAAGAUGGCUAUUUAAUCAGCAAUUCCAUCCUUUCAACCGCUUUUCGGGAGGCGCUCUGCCAAAGACUUGCCUCCAGAAUACGAGAAGAAGAAGCGCGGUGUCGGGGACUUGCUGUGUUUUCUCCGUGCCUUUCCUUUGCCAUUUCCAAUGAGUGCCGCCGUCCCAACUGUACGGAUGAACAUCGAUCAGCCGAUAUGUUCACGAAGGAGAGUUACAACCAACGAUUACGGAUCCACCUCCUCCAAAUAUACAUAUGUCACUUUUUGGAUGAUGUGGAAAAUCCCAAGCGAAACCUUACGGCUUUGAAAAGCUUCUGGACUAACCGGCUAUAUGAAGCUUUCAAUCCCCCCUAUCAACUCUUGGGCACUAUUUGCGCAAUCGACAGAACCCGCAUCCCCAAUGUUGACAAGUUAUUUGCCGUAGCCAGGGUUUGGGUUCGCUUCCUGGUCUACUCUCUGCGCCACCGUGACCCCCCAGAUCCGCCAUUCAUUUCGAAUUUGAUGCGCAACGUCGACCUGGCAUGUACUUUAGACAGGUAUCAGACCGACUCCUAUAUCUUUCGAACACCGUGUUUGAUGGAUCCAAUUGAACGGCUUCCACGCGAUUUCGUUCGUAUGGCCGGUCCAAACCAAAGGAAGCCGAUCGUGGGUGAUUUUCUAGAAUACAAGUAUGGGCGGAAACCAUGGUCCUUGUUUGCAGGGUCCGUCUUCUUGAAGACUAUUAUCGAGAGGCGGCUCUAUAUCAAUUUGACGGUACUAUGCGACUUCAUUGAAUCACUCUGUGCGGCCCUUGUCAUCCACAACGCGUAUGAAUAUCGACGAACGUUGCACGGUGUUGUACUCCCUCGCAGCUUGAUUGCAAAAACACUGCAAGUCAGAAUCUGGGAACAAGAAUCAAAGCGGCAUGUACCCUUCAGCAUAUACACGGAUUCCGUGAUAUCCCUUUUGGAACCUCUGUUUGCUGGCGCCAACCGCGACAUUUGGCAUCAUCCUGGUAGCCGUAAUAUCUUCAUCGCUCAUGCAGAUCUUUGUGUUUGUGUUAUUGGUUACAAUGUACGUGUGGAUCGCUUGCGACAACAAAUCCUCCGGGGGAUCACUGCCCUGCGCAAGGACGGUAGACGAUUCCCCUGGCUAUAUGCUCACUAUGUCAACGCUACCUCAUGGGAUGGGCUGGCCCGAGCUUUCAGGCAAUCCAUCAGUGCCUCGCCUAUGGACGAAAUGGUCAAGCUAGUGCACGCAAAAGAAAAUCCUGGAUACGUCUCCUCAACCAUUCGAAACGUUCGAAACGUUCGUUAUGAUAACGAGGACGAACUCUGGAAGCUCCUUGAACAUACUCGCCUCUACCCAACUUCCGCUUUGUCGGCCGCCGCCGCACCAUUCAUUCCAUACAAGUCAAUCGUAGCGAACCUCCCCGCCCGAAAAGCGGGCCCGAUCCCCCCACAUGCCACCGUGUUAGAAACCCCGAAGGAUCUUGUAACUGCAAUCGACCCCCCCACUGAUGACCGCCCCGCGCCAGCCCCAAUAGAGGCGGACCAAACAAUUCAGAUCAGCAACCUCUCUACCCCAGAUUCCAACCCUCAGCCGCCCGCGCCCCAGGACCAGGAUGGUUCUGAUGUCGAUGAUGAUGAGGCCAUGGAAGAACCAGACAAUGUCCCUUUGGAGGAGAUGCCAGAGGAGCAAUAUGUAGUCAAUACGUCAGAAGAAACGAAGGCUGCGAAGAUCAUUCAGGCCGCCUGUCGCAACUGGUUCAAUCGUCGGCGCAAGGUGACUAGAGACGACGGGUCUAAUGCGGCCUUACGACAUUUCUACCGGGCCAGUUUGGAAGUCGCACAGAAGAAAGAGUGGACUAGUGCUCUACAUCGAAAGAUGUUCCUCGGACCGCUUGUUCACACCCGCCUCUGCCUUGAAGGUCUGCACACGCACCUUCGCUCUCAUAAAGAGAAGACCAAACUCCGCCUGCACAUUGCGCAACACGAAGAGCUAGAUAACUUAGGGCCUCGCCUAACCUUGAUCAACACUACCUUCCGAGCAGUUCAGCGUUUACAGAAGGUCUUGGAUCCUAAAAAUGUGUUGCAAGAAGAUGCAAGCAUCGAAGGCAUCAAGGCGACGGUGACAGAAUGUGAAACCAUUGUUCAGAAAAUUGCUGCAACCUUGAACGUCCCUUCGAGGGUGAAAGAGGAUCUGGACAUCGGUAUCAAAGGAAUCUUGAAGGUCGCUCCCCCCAAGAAGCGAAAGCACAAGAAGGUCAAGCCAGGCCUAGUCAUGGACGACGAUAUUUACUAUGACGAUGGAUUUUCUGCCACGGACUCGGAAUCCGAAGCCGAGGGCGGCUACACCUCGGAUAGUCAGACUCCUUCGUCGCGCUCGUCUCAGGGGAGCUCUGGGAUCUCAGAGGAGCUAUUAUCAGGGGAGGUAUCAGGGGAUGUGUAG